AUGGACUUCACCCUUCUCGAUGAAAGGCUGAAGGGAAAGACCGAAGUAGGUCUGCUAUCCACCGAGGAGUGUAAUCACAUGAUCAAGCCUGUUUACGACUACAUAAAGGCAAACCAUCCACACAUAGAUACGUUUCUGCUCCAUGGAGAGGGGAUGCUUUGUCCCUUGAAAGCCAAAGGCUUCGAGUUCUUUGUCCUUCUGGGGAUAUACUGCCCUCUCCACCCCUUCGAGGACUUUGUGGGCAUAACCGCCCAGCUGCCCGAAGAGGACAUGGACAGACUAAAGAAGGAGGAGAGAACCAUAGUCUAUGACUCAGGCUACGGUGGACAUCAUGUGAUGAAGGAGGAGAUGCAUGGUAGGGAUGUCCUUGUGGUGACCAAGAACCAAAUGUUCUACGACUACUAUUUCUACAAGUACAAUGCAGAGUCUUUCUACAAGUUGAAGAGCCGGGACAGAAUGCAAUACCUUGGAUCCAAGUGUAACAAAGGAAGAAAGAUUCGAGACCUUCAGAUAUUUGCAAUAAUAUUUACAUCGAGAGCAUAUGAGGAACUGGCAAAGUCAAUAAGGAAGGCACUCAUUUCUAGACGAAAAAAUGCAUACCUCUUGUUCCUGAAAGAUCUUUCAUACGAGAGGAUGAUAACCAUAGAGGGAACGGAAUGCAUUGUGGUUGUGGACUGUCCCUUUUUUGAGUGUUCUCUUGAACUACACAUCCCCGUCGUGACGCCCUUUGAAGUUGAAUAUGCAUUGUCUGGAGAGUGGAAAGAAUUUGAUAAAAACUCGUUCUCUGUCCAGGACAUGGCUGCAAGUGGUUGCACGGAUCUUGAUGCAAUUGACAGAGUUGGGAGGAUCUUGCUGAGGUCUGAUGGGCAAAGUGUUCCUUUUUCCUAUGGAGAGGAGGAUAUGGAUAUCCAUGUUGGGCAGAAUGGAACCCCAUGCAGAUAUGACUGUGAAGGAGCAUAG